AUGGAGCCCCAGAUCCCCGUACUAGAUUGUCAAACAACGCUCACGAACUCCGCAGCGAAGUUCACAGAGACUCGAGCACGUGAUGAAGGUCUACCUCAAUUUGCUGACUCUACGCAAGAGACCAAAUCCCUCCAAGACAGCUCCGAAUUCAUCAACGAGAUUGACAGAUUCGUACCCAAGGAUGUUGUUUUUGACCCAAAGGAGACUUACCAACAAUCUCAGCAAAGCCUAGAGACAUUCCGUCGGACUCUUCAAAGGCUCAUCGCUAUUCUCAGAGAGAGAAACGUGGACACUCAGCUCAAUAUCGACAUCAAAGAUCCAAGCGAUUUCACCUGUGAAUAUGUUCUCCAGAUCAUCAACAAGAUAAGAGAAACCCGUGAGAGUGCCACAAAAACAAGAUCAUGCAAAAACUUUGUCCGGAGAUGCUAUCAGAAAAUAGAGGACAACAGAAGCGCCAUUGAGGGAUUCCUCACAAUGAUCCCAAACGACGCCUAUGGCUCAGUCAUCUCUGGGGGAUUUGCUAUGAUUAUGGCCGCUGUCGAGAAACGCGCUGAGCACCGUGAAGCGAUUCAAAACUUCUUGGCGGAAAUUCCAGAGAGGCUAGAGACUAUCCAGCGCCUGUCACAAAUACACCAUGCCUCCAUUAGACUACACCGACGCGCAGACGCUGUGAUGGUUGCUGUCUUCACCGUCCUAGAGCGUAUUGUUGACAAGAUCACCAAGGCCCGGAAGGUCAAGCUACAAGAUAAAGCCAAGAGUUUGGCCGCGAGUAUUCGUUUUCGAAAGAGGCAACAUUCAGAAUCCCAUAAUGACCAAGAACCCAGCGCGGGCGUGGCCAGUGACGAGGAUGACGACCGAGAACAGAAGCUCUCUGUGGUCGACGCUUUAGCUGAUCUACAAAACGAAAUUGACAACUUUCAAAAAGAAGUAGACAUCUGCAACCAAGAGAGACUAGGCAGCAUGCAAGUCGCUGUUGGUGAUCUGGGGCACGGUCUGCGGUUUGUCAUGGAGCAAAACAGUGACACGCAGACAAUGAUAGCGGAUUCUCUCAAAAGGCUGGAAAACAUGGUUUCCCAAGUCACUAAAGAAGCUCAUCAGGCAUUGCUUCAUCACUUGGAGGGUGCCCUGUACAAGCUGUGUGCUAGCGACCCGAAUUUCAAGACCAAGAUGGGUGAAGUUGAUUAUUAUGACCUAAACCUUUCGCAACAAGAAAAUGACGUCGUGCUCAUGUCUUCCCGCCAGCAGAACAAUACCCGCAUAGCCUCGGAAUGGCGAAAGAAACUCCGGGGCCUUGUCCACGACCCCAUGAAAGACAUGAAGGACUGCCUCAAGCACAUUGAGCUUCUCGACUCUGAGGAGAAAAAUGUGUCGCAUUCGAUUCUGCACUCGGAACAGCUUGGCCGCUGGCUGCAGGGAAAGCAAUCAACAAUCAUUGAUAUCAACCUUCAUACACCUCCAGCUUCCCUUCACAACCCACUGUCCUUUAUCAGUGCACUAUCUGCCACAGCCCUCCGAAGUACAGCUCAGUUUCCGGUGCUCGCAUUCUUUUGUGCACAUAGGAGCAAUGAGUCUCUUUCCGAGGAAAAGUCGGGCCCUACUGCUCCUCUGGUCAGGAGCCUGGUUGGCCAACUUCUCAGGUUCAUUUCGGACCACCGUCCGUCAGCGGACCUGGGAAAGCUACAAGCCUGCGGGCUUUUCUCGAAAGCAAGGAAGAGUCUCAAGGAGGCUCUCAAGCUGUUUGCCUCGCUACUAUUGUUACUGCCAGAGGGUGAUAUGGUCUUUUUGAUUAUUGAUUCUCUCUCACGGCUUUCAGGGGGUCAUGAAGACAAGAUGACCAAGAAACUGGUCCAGAUUGUCAAGCAGAGGGAAGACAUUUUGAUCAAGGUGAUGACAACCGAUGCGCUUCCUAGUUCCUACAUCAGGAAUGCUGCCGACAUCUCACUUUACAUCCCGGACUUGGUUAUCGGGCCCGGUGUGGUCGAUAUUUCUAGGAGCAGUGACAAAAUCGUUAAGAAGGUGAAGCAAAAGCGACACUUGGAAGACGGAGACGGAGAUGUCACAGACGAUGACGGUGUCAAUGACAACAGUGAAAAGGACGAUGACGCCGGUGAGAGUCUUUAA